GGAGACGACGUGGUAGCAGUUUCUGCAGUGUGAAGUAACAGUUUAGUUGCAGGUCCGACCUUUAACAGGAAACGCCAACUUCCGCACCCUAAAUGAAACACUGCGCUCAUAAACAUGAGACGUUUUUGAAGACUCAACACUUGUAUCCACUGUCAAUUUAGGCGGUUGACUAUUUGAUUAAACAAAAGAAAAGCUGUGAGCAUCUGUCGCUUACUCGCUUUGCUUGUGUUUAGAGAGCUGAAUAAUCAGGUUAGGUGUGUGGAGUACAGCUGUAAAUAUGGUUCCAGUCCAAGAUGGGGCAUCUACACAAGGGGAAAAUCUACUUCUUCCUCCUAAAGAGGCCCACACUGAAAGUACAGGGUCCAGUCGGAUCCGACAGAGGCAGUCCUCCCCUGCACGGAGAAUGGGCAUGACCAGAAAACUGAACAGAAAGGAUUUCAAAGACUCUGAGAACCCAGAGGAGACUGAAAAGAGACAUAAAGAGAAGGAGCUCAAACCGCUGUACAAGGAGCUUCUGUACACAAUCACUCAUAUGUUAGGAAAACCACACACAAAAGAGCAAUACAGUGCCAAGCAGUUACAAAACUAUAUCAAAGAGGCAUUCUCCAUGACAGAAGAUGAACAUAAAACCUCAAUUGAAAAAGUCCAGAGCAUGCUGGCUCCGAUCUACUGCCUCAUGGUUACAGUGAAACAAGCCAAGGGAAUUCUGGGAAAGGACAUUAGUGGAUUCAGCGAUCCGUACUGUCUGCUGUCGAUCCUUUGUGAAGACGAGUCUCAUGGUGGUGGAUCAUCCAGUAAACCUCAGAAAGCAGUAGUGCGUGAUUCAGCUAAAGGACAAGUGUUGCAGACAACUAUAAAGAAACAGACACUCAACCCAAUCUGGGACGAGACCAUCAAACUGGAAUUUGAAGACAUCUCUAAUGCAAUUUUCCACAUUGAGAUGUGGGACAAAGAUGAAGAGGUGUCACUAGUGCAAAAAUUUGAUGAGUUUCGCACAAAUAUCCAUGGACUUAAAAGGAUGAUAAAAGAUGCAAAAAAAGAGAAAGGACAGGAUGAUUUUUUGGGCAAUGUUGUUCUAAAGCUGAAGGAACUGCAUUGCACAGAGGACACAUGGUAUAACCUGGAGCCCCGAACAGAGACAUACCCAGACAGAGGACAGUGUCAUCUUCAGCUUAAAUUCAUUCAUAAAGAGAGAGAUGAGACCCUGAGUGCUGGACGGAGUCCUUAUGUGAACUACUGUGGCAUCCUGCAGCAGUUUGUUCAAGCCCAUAUCUCCAAACAAAAGGACAGUAACCCGUGGAAGGGAGAGUUGUGUGGGGAGGGGACGGCCCUGCUCGAGCACUACGCCAACCAGAAUGACAUUUCACCUUUUCUCCAAGACUUGGCGAAGUGGGUGGCCUACAGCAAACUUUACCAAACCCUGGAGGUGGACUCAACUGUGCUUUUCCAGCAGCUAACCAGUAUAGAGUACCACUGGGACCAACAGGAACUCCCCUACUUGCAGAAACAGGAGCUUGGUGACUCUCUACAUGGGUUUCUGCAGUAUGGACUCUGCUUAGUAUCCAAAUACAGGGACAUCUAUCCUCCAACCCCUAAAACAACACCACGGCUACAAACACUGCUCAGAGUUCUUGUUCAGAUUUGUAAGACCCGAGCAUUUCAGAAGCUCAAUCCUGCUCAGUUUGACUUACAUGUUGAGGUCACAGAUGCUGUUGUUAAUGGCACAGAAGAGUGGUUUAACAUCAAAAAAGGUUUACAUCAACCCAUGACCAAGGAUCCGUUAGAGUCCAUCAGCGCCCUCUCUCGGUUGAUUGGAGAAGUGCAAGAAGACAUUAGAGUCAGUAAAGAUGUCUGGAAUAAGGUGUUUGUCAGUGCUGUGCAGGUGGAUGUUUUCACUGUGGUUUACCUAAAACUGGACUCUCUGCUGGCUGAUGAGUUACGGGCUACCCUCUCUCAGCUGGAGAAUCAAAUGGAUCAGGCAUUGGCAAACAGCCUGUUUCCUGUUUAUCUCACCUUGCAAGCCAUCCACAAAGACAAAGCCUUCUUACAAAAAAGGGGGAAGUUAUUGCAGCUCACAAGUUUCCACGAGGACUUCAGAGAUGCUCUUCCAUACUGGUUAAACAAAGCCUUUAGCACCACAAUGGAGAGGGUGGAAAAAGCUGUGCAAGUGGAUCAGUUGCAGCCGCUGCAGACCGGAGGAGUUCCCAUCAAGCACAGCUCUUCUGCAGUGGACAUUGCAGCAUGUUUGCAUCCUGUGGCUCAGCUCUGGGAGCAGUUGAGCUGGCCUGACCCGGAGGAGGCCUUCAUGCUUAUGGUCAAACUCACAGAGGAUGUGUGUAAGAUUGCAUCAACGUACUGUCAGAUGCUGAAGGCUCGAGUGAAGGAGCUCUCUGUAGACUCAGAUCGAGAAAGUGCUAUAAAAAUGCUGUGCGUGGUGGUGAACGAUCUAGAGCAUCUGCAUACAGUUUUGACACGUCUACCACAGCAGCUAAACUGGGCGGGGCUCCGGGAGCGCACGCGGCAUGUGAUUGGAGAUACUCAGUUCCAGAACACACUUCCAUCUCAGCUGCAACACACACAGUCCGCCCUGAACCGAGAGAUCCGCUCUGCUGUUGAAACACUCGGGAAAAAGUUAAACACAGACAUUGAAACACAUGUUCGCAACAUGGCUUCACGUCAAAGGCUUCCCUCCAGAUCUACAGAAGACGCCGUAAUUCCUUUGAUGAAAUAUCUUGAGAAAGAACUGCAGUAUAUGAAUGAGAAUUUGGUUCAGGAGAAUUUUAAUAGUCUUCUUACUCCAUUGUGGAUGAACUCGGUUAAGAUUCUGCAUCAGAUGUCUCUGCAGGAGGACAGUAACCUGGUUUACUUUCAGAGAUUACUAUAUGCACUGCAGUGCUUAGAACAGUGUUUUCAUGCUGAAGGGAAUGGACUUUCUCUUGAAACACUACAUACUGAGGAAUAUAAGACUCUACGGGCAAACCUGACACAAAACUCUUUAAGCUGUAAUCAGCUGAUAGAGAAGUUCUUUGAGCGAAAAGUGUGGGAACAGAAAGUGUUUAAUGGAGAGAAAUACGGAGCUGUUACUCUCAUCACCUCGUACAAACGCUCAGAGAACAAACUGCAUGUAGAGGUUCUCAACGCCGUCAAUCUGAUUCCUCUCGACUCAAAUGGUUCCAGUGACCCUUUCGUUCAACUGUCUCUAGAACCAAAGCACAUCUUCCCUCAAGUAGAACCGCGAUCCACCAAAAUCAAGAACUGCGAUCUCAACCCGUUGUUCGAAGAGUCCUUUGAAUUUAUCAUUUCAUUAGAUCAGUGCCAUUCUCCUGGAGCAUGUCUGAUGGUGACAGUGCUGGACCAUGACACUUUGAGGAGCGAUGACUUCGAAGGAGAGGCGUUCCUCUCUCUUAAAGCGGUGCCAGGAGUCGGAGGUGGACAGAACAAUCCCACACCCGCACAGAUCCGCUUACCUUUGAUGCACCCCAAACCCAACAGUGAAAAUACCUUGAAGUUACUUGAGGCCAGGAAAGGCGAGAGAGAAGCUCAGGCCUUCGUUAAAUUACGCAGACAAAGAGAAAAGAAGUCUCAAGAAAUCUAAGAGGACAAAAAGAUGAAAACAUCCAAAUUAACAUUAUUUGUUACCUUUUUCUAUUAUCUGUUAUUAAAAUAUUAUUUAAUGUAAAGUCUUUUAAUUAUUGUAAGGAAGUGUAACGAUGAUAUUGUCAUUAUUUGAUAUUAAAAAUUAAACAUACAACAUUUUCAUCCAAAAA